AUGCUUAGACAAGGAUUGGUACUCGCUGUCGUUGUUGCUUUCACUUCGGCACAAACUUUCAGUUUUGGACAUUGUCCUGUAACGCACACGCAAGAUAACUUCGAUCUUUCUAGGUACGUUGGAGACUGGUAUGAACUUUACAAAUUCCCAGCCAGUUUCGAAUCAGGAGAGAAAUGUAUAGUAGCAAACUACACUCUGACACCAGACAACCAUAUCAAGAUCAAAAACCAAGGAAUUGAUCCCAAAACAAGAAACAGCUCAAUUGCCUUCGGAGAUGCCAUCCAAACGGACCCCAAUUCACCUGCUAAACUCAAAAUCAGAUUCGCAGCAAACACACCAUACGGCAAUUACUGGGUUCUUAAAACAGACUACACGUCAUACACUCUCAUUUACUCCUGCACUGAUAUCAUUGGAAUCAGCCAUCUUGAAUUUGCUUGGAUUCUUUCCCGACAGAGGUCGCUUCCACAAUCGAAGAUUGAUGAACUCUUUAAUGUUUUCAAAAGUUUUAACAUUGAUACAGGCCAUUUCAUCCCAUGUGAUCAAACUGGUUGUUGA